AUGCACGGAGUACCAGAUAUUGUGGAUGACAGUGAUUAUCAGGAUUUUGAGAAAUAUUUAUUCAAGUUAGCGGAACAAGAUAAUUCAGCAACUGAUCAUUCUGGUCAAGUUGGAUCCAGAAAGGAUUGUGCUUUGCAGUGUGAGGUUCAAUCACUGGAAUUGUUAGAACCGGUUAAUGGGCGUCAGCAUUUACCUACUGCGGAUCAUUAUACCUCUCAUGAAAAAAAAAAGUCUUCAAGAAAAGCGACAAACAGCCAGCAGCAUUUCUCCCUUCAGCGAAAAUUUCAUGGAGGCUGUAUUUGCAAACCAUUGAGAAAGGUUCUUCUUCAAAGUUUCUUUAAAUCAGUUGAAUUUAUUAGAAGAAUUGCAUCAGCGGUGGACAAUGAUGGAAAUUUGGUUGAAAUACAAUCCACUUUGCGUACAGUUGCAAUGUGGAACGGAAACAGGUCUAUUAACGAAAGGAAGCGAGAGCAGAAUCGUUCAGCAGCAGUCCGCUAUCGCGAAAAACGUCGGGAAGAAAUAAAACGGAUGAGAACAGAAUUAUUUGGCUUGGAAUUGCGAAAUGUGCAGUUGAAAACUGAAAUGACUGGUCUCAUAAAGGAAAUUGACUAUUUGAAAACAUUUCUUUUAUCUAAAUAG